UGAACUUCAUGGGGAGUAGUCGGUGGCGCAGUGUAACUCUGGGCAUGCUCGACAACUCCAGUGUCGUUCCGGCAAUCGUGACUGCCCUUGAUAGAAGCUCCAGGGCAGCGAUACUAGGCAAAGCCACGGGGACAUUCUCUAGUCCCUCUGGUCCCUCUGGACCUUAGCCAGGCAGUACUCUGUCCCUGUCUUUCUCUGGUCGGAGCAGCAAUUGUCCACCUGCUGUGUGCGCAGCCAGCUCGUUGGCCGCACCGUUUGUGCUGUGGCGGACGUCUCCGAUGGCUGGGAUUCGAUGGGUUGCUGGUCGAUGUCGACUCGUUGGACGAGCCCGACGCGGUACCGGGUCUCGGCUGUGGCCCUGUAACGACGGAGUCUUUCGUUGAAUGCGCUACACGGGACUCCGUCAUGACCACUUCAACUGUCGCCUCUGUGUUCGAUCAUGGUUUGAGCAGGAGUUCGCUUGUUGUCUUGUGAGUGCAGAAACCUGCCGUGUUUGGUGUUGCCCACGAGGUUUCGCCUGUCGCAUCGACAUCUGCGGCCGAGCAGGGAGAGCGUCGCGCCGAUUCUCGCUGUGCUGUGGGCAGGAAGAGGUUAGUUGUAGCCGUGACACCUGUCAUGAAGCCAAGACUAGAAUGAUACCUGCGUGGGGGACCAUACACCAGACCACUACCCUGAGGCUUUUCCUCGGUUGUGAUGUUCGAUGCGAUGUCGUAUCAUUCGCGGAUAGCCGCUCAGUGAGGUGCGACGAGCGAUCUGACGCGGACCCGUUCCGAGUGAGGAAUUGCGCUUCUCGUAGUGCAACAAGCUACCGCUGCAGCGUCGCCUCAGUGAAUGCGAAUGGUAGCUCCAGUUCGAUGAGUGCAUCGGUUGUCGCGGAAGCGUGUUUGCUGCAGUCUGCCGACAGGGUAUGUGGCCCAUGCAGACACGCCUCUGGCGCGCUAUCAAACUGACCGGCCGGAGACAGGAGUUCAACGUGUAUGCUGAUUGUGUUGUGGUCAUGUGGAAUCUAGGCCCGUGAGUUGUGGUGAAGCAGGUCG